UAAAGGCCAACAGUUGCAAUACGCUGGCUGUGACGCAUGCACUGAUCGCUGCUAAUUACAAUAAUAAUUUCACGUUCUUUUCAAGUGCGGAAUAAACACAAAAAUGCUAAUUUCGAUAAGCAAUUAUUGAACAGUUAAUCCUCAAGGAUUGGUGAAUAAACUUAACGGCUGCACAACUCAACGACAGUCGAUUCGUCAAAUCACACACAAACACACGCACACAGAGACGUUCUGUACACCGCCCAUUGGAAAGAAGCCGUUGCUUGUUUGACGAUAGUUGGUUGGGGACAGGAAACCCGAUUUAAGAUAAACGUAAUCAGUUAUUUUCGGAUUCGUAUUGCGUUCUUCAUUUGAUAAUUGAUUGAUAAAGUGUUGAAAAUGGCAGCGCAACAAUUUUACAAAUUGGACAUCAAUCGCACGGAAUGGGAAGUGCCGGAAAUGUACCAACAAUUGCAGGUCGUGGGAUCGGGAGCCUAUGGCCAGGUGUGCAAAGCCAACGUCAGGGGAACGAACAUGCAUGUGGCCAUCAAGAAGCUUUCCCGUCCCUUCCAGUCAACGGUGCAUGCGAAGCGAACGUAUCGCGAACUCACUUUGCUUAAGCACAUGGAUCAUGAGAAUGUUAUUGGUCUGUUGGACAUCUUUCAUCCACCACAUCCAGCGAAUGCUACGCUGGAGGAGUUCCAGCAUGUCUACCUUGUCACCCAUCUCAUGGACGCUGAUCUCAAUAACAUUAUCAAGAUGCAGAACCUCUCCGACGAUCAUGUCCAGUUCCUGGUCUAUCAGAUUCUUCGGGGUCUAAAGUAUAUACACAGUGCUGGGAUCAUUCACCGUGAUCUGAAGCCAUCGAACAUUGCGGUCAAUGAAGAUUGCGAGCUGCGCAUUCUGGACUUCGGUUUGGCGCGGCCCACGGAGAAUGAAAUGACGGGUUAUGUGGCCACCCGAUGGUAUCGUGCCCCUGAGAUCAUGCUCAACUGGAUGCACUACAGCCAGACUGUGGAUAUUUGGUCGGUGGGCUGCAUCAUGGCCGAAUUGAUAACUAGGAGAACACUCUUCCCUGGUACCGAUCACAUACAUCAGCUGAAUUUGAUCAUGGAAAUGCUGGGCACUCCGCCGGAUGAUUUCAUGAAGAAGAUCUCCUCGGAGAAUGCUCGCAACUAUAUCCUCUCCCUGCCCCCCAUGAAACGCACCAAUUUCAGCGACUUCUUUGCCGGCGCCAAUCCUUUGGCUGUGGAUCUGCUGGAGAAGAUGUUGGAACUGGAUGCGGAUAAACGUAUUACGGCGGAACAGGCUUUAGCCCAUCCGUAUUUGCAAAAGUAUUCCGAUCCCAGCGAUGAACGCACUUCGCCUCUCUACGAUCAGAGCUUUGAGGACAUGAACUUAUCGGUGGAAAAGUGGAAGGAGUACAUCUAUAAGGAAGUCGUCAACUUUAAACCGCCUCCCUCUUAUGCCGAAGUCUUGCAGAGCAUUAAGUAAAACACUGCUCAAAGAAGUGACUGUCAAGUAUUAACAAUUGCCUUCAAAACAAAUGAAUUUGUUUAAAUUUUAUUGUAAUUUACUCAGAAAACUACCAAAUAGUGUUUCACGUUGAUGUUGUCACAUAUUUUAGUGUUGUGUUUUAUCUUUUAUGUAUAUAUAAACUUUGUUAUUGUUUGAUCCCUUUGUUUAUUAAAUGCGAUUUU